GGACAGAGACAAACACGACGUUAAAAAACAAUUCGCUUGAAUGUGUAAAGAAAGACGGGAAGACAACCUCCUCGGAAUCUCGUGGGUUGACAGUGGCUGGCCCAUCCUCAACCCUGGCAAUGUGCUUGAUUACUUCUCCGAGAGAAGCAACCCGUUCUACGAUCGCACAUGCAACAAUGAGGUGGUCAAGAUGCAGCGACUCACGCUGGACCACCUGAAUCAGAUGGUGGGAGUGGAGUACACCCUCCUUCAUGCUCAGGAGCCCAUCCUCUACAUCAUCCGCAAGCAGCAGAGGCAGUCUCCUAACCAAGUCAUCCCCUUAUCUGAUUACUAUAUCAUCGCCGGGGUGGUGUAUCAGGCUCCGGACCUGGGCUCUGUAAUCGGCUCCCGAGUGCUGUCUGCCGUCCAUGGUAUCCAGUCUGCCUUUGACGAGGCCACGUCUUACUGCCGCUACCACUCCUCCAAAGGCUACUGGUGGCACUUUAAGGACCAGGAGGAGAGAGAAAAGGCCAAGCCAAAGUCGAAGAAGAAAGAGGAGCCCAGUUCUUUGUUCCAGAGACAAAGGGUUGACACGCUGCUGCUGGAUCUCAGGCAGAAGUUUCCCCCGACCUUCUAUCAGCCCAAACCAGGCGAAAAACCAAUUCCAGUGGAGGUGAAGAAGGAGCCGGAGCCCCCGGUGGAGUCCGUAAAGCAGGAAGAGAGGGAGCCGGCGGCCAAGGCCCCCGCCCCCGCCCCCGCGGCCAAGGCCCCCCCGGAGAAACGGGCGCGGCUGCAGUAAGGACCUCUCAUCUGCAGGGCCUCCCCAACCCAACGCCAGUGAGAGAACGGUGACACACCGGCCAGGACUUUGAGGCUAGUCCUCCAUCGCAGCUGCGUAGAGUGAGGCUUCCAUUCCAGUGUGCUGUGUGGGGCGCCAAGGAGUUUAUUUUUAUUUUAUUUUUGCUGGGCGGUUGUUCAGUUGUGAAGUGGUUAUUGUGGGUUUCCCCAGUUGGAGUACGGUGCUUGGCAGAGGCACCCGCUCGCAGCCUGGACUGAGUCUGGAUCGUCAGGAGUCCCGCAGGGUGUUGACUGGAGGGUCGGUAGCAGCUCCCAGGGUGUGUGUGUGGGAGUGUGAAGGGCUUCAUUUCGCAUCAGGCGGACAUUUGCAAUCUGUCUGCAUCGACAGCGCAGGCAGCUGGCGGAUUAGCAUGUAAGUCUUGUAGUCGACCGGCUUCACACAUUUUAGAUGUGUGUGUGCGUGUCGGUGCGUGCCCUACCACAAUUCUGAAGAAUGUUGCAGAAUGGGACGGACAUCCAGUUGUGGUUGGGCAAUUUGGGCAUUGUAAUCUAAUGGAUGGGAUAAUCUAUUGAAAAAGAAAGAAUAUGGGAUUAAGUGCGACAACCUUGAAUUCUGCCUUGCAGCACUUGUUUAGCUUUGGUUUGGCCACUCACACACACACACACACACACACACACACACAUACACACACACACACACACACACACACGUAGCUUUAAGAAUUCAGAUGAACCAGCUCAGCUGGACAGGUUGGAGAAAUGCUUGGCUAAAGUGGGACAGGUGGGCCAGGAUGUGGUGGGGAGCCGGUGAGACUCGGCUCAGUCUCUCUCUAAAGAGGUCAGAUCUGCUCAGAUCCGCAUACAGCUGCAGCAGGGAUAUUUGCACCUGCCCAACCCCCUCUGUGGGCCAGCAUGCCUGUGCAGGAGCCCUGCGUGUCUUACAGGAUGGACCGUGUCACUGCACCAGCCGGGAGCGCUGUCUGCUGUCCGCUGUCCGGACAUGUUGAGGAUGUUUACAGGUUCAGUCAUCGAACAUGACAUGUUUUAUCCGGGACUGGAGCAACUUUAUUUUCUUUUAUUUAUUUUUUUUAAGAUGAGUCACAAAAAGUUCUGGAACAUUCUGAUGCCAUUUUUUAGGGUUUCUCAAAGCUUUGGUUUUGUAUUUUGUAUUUGUUUUGUAUGUGGGAAGCAGUGUGUGAUGAUAGUUCUUAGGUCUUUUCUCAUCUGCUCUUCAGAUCUCAGGCAGCAUUCCCAGAAUCUGGAGGUACCUGGAAAAUGUUUAUAUAUAUCCAGAUUCCAGAAAGGUAUCUGGUAGAUAGCCAGUGGAGUAACACUGCCUUUCCCCCCCCCCCCUCUGUCAAAAUAGUUUGGCAGCAAAGUUUCUUUCUUUAUAUAAUAUGAGUGAAUAAAAAUGUGAUUUGUGUUAAUAAAAACUGAUGUGUAUUGCUUCUCGCUAGCGAUUGAAAAUGCAACAAAACAAAUUUGGGAUGAAUUAAAUAUUGCUUAUUUCACUUAACUGGGUUUCUCGAUGUAUGGCAAGGCAUUUGAGUCAUAUGUGUAGUGUACCAAGGGGUUAAGAGAUCAUCAGUUACAGAUGAUGCGAUUGUGCCAAUGCCCACAUCACUCUACAUCUGCAGCCAUGGGUUUCAAGGGGCUGAGGGCAGAAAUUCUUAGAUUCCAAUACACCAGCCAAGCGCAGUAAAGCCUAGAAAAGUAUUUGAAUCCAAAACCAUGUGUUUUGACCCAGGUCUCAUUUGGAUGAGUACAAGACUCUGGCCCGUCCGAAAAAACAGCCAGGCAGACCCGCGUUCCUGCCUUCCUGCAAGCAUAUGCACCUGGGUUAUCUCUCCAGUUUCACCGCUUUCCUCUAUUCUACCAUUCCAGCAAUGCGCAUACUUGUCACUGAGGCCAAGUACGGCAGCACCAAGAUGAUGGUAUCAGAGCCUGAUGUGACGAAUGGUGUAGAAAUUACGAUUCUGUGCUCACUGAGGAGUUGGUCUGAUUGGACGCAAUGCUGAGAAGUAUUACAGAUUGUUUCACAUCCUGCUGCCGCCUUGCUGCACAGUGCAAUAGAUUGGUUUGCUGAGAACACAUUGUCCCUACCCAUUGCACCGUUCUUGCUGAAAA